UAGCGUUGAGUUUGUUGUUAGCCUUUGGUGCUAUGGUGCUAGUUAUCUACCCAGCUAGCGAGAUAAAUACAAUGUAGCAAUGGAGCAGCACAGAUCACACAAUCCCAAUCCUAGCCACCAAAACCGCCCGUCAGCAUACAAAAGAGAACGAGAGGACAAUGGAAGAAAUCACUGUGAGAAUAAACACUCAGACCUAACCGCCCCCAGAAUCAGUCAGGGCCAAGUCGUGGACAAAACCCACAUAGCUCUUGAGAGUAGAGAGGAGCUAUAUGAGAGAGACUUUCCUGUGUACAAACAGCCUGUCGAAGUAGGAUGUUUUUCCCUCGACUCUGAACGCAGAUUCUUCAAUGACGGCAGGCAAAUUAGAUACUAUGUGGAACCUGAUAGGAGGCCAAAUUUUGAUCUGAGGGAUGGAUAUAAGGAUCGGUUUAUUAAGAGAGACGACAGUGUGAAGGAGAAGCUGGACCACAUGUUACGCUGGAUCUUGGCCAACAGAUCAAAGCUCAGCGCAAGGGGGACAACCGCCUCAUCAUGUGAUUUAGAUAUCGACUUUGUGACAUGGCGUGGUCAUCUAACCAAGCUGCUGACGGCUCCCUAUGAGACGCGGGAGGGCUGGCAGCUGGCCGUCACCAGGUUCAGGGGCACGCUGUACAUCAGUGAGGUGGAAACAGAAGCUGCUCGUAGGGAUCAAGAGAACCGCACAGAGAGACAUGAAGAGAUGAUGUACUGGGGAUACAAGUUCGAGCAAUACACAUGUGCAGAUACCGUCCACAGUCGACCUGACCCAGGCGGGGUGGUUAACACCAAUGAGGCCUUCUGCACUGUGGUGCAAACGCGGCUCGCAGACCACAGACUCUUGUUCUGAGAGGUGGACUGUCGGGACAAAGAUCCCAACGCUCGUGCUCCUGCAUGCUACAUCGAACUGAAGACCUCUGCGGAGAUCUGCACCCCCAAACAGCGCAGCAACUUCCACAGGUUCAAGCUGCUGAAGUGGUGGGCCCAGUCUUUUCUCCCCGGAGUCCCCCGUGUUGUGGCAGGUUUUCGCGAUGAAGAAGGUGUGGUCGUUGCUAUGGAAACUUUUCCCAUCUCUAAGAUUUCCCAUCUCAUCAAGAAUGAACACAACUGCUGGAAGCCGACAGUCUGUAUGAACUUCUGCUCUGACUUCCUGUCUUUUGUAAAGCACAUCGCUACUGAAGACAAUCCGAGUGUGGUGUACCUGCUGUCCUGGGAGCCCCGCAGAGAUGUGACCUUCUCCGUCCACAGGGACUCGCCGUACUGCUUCCUGCCACACUGGUUUGUGGAGGAGAUGACCAGCAGUCAACCCUCGCAUCAGUCCUGAUUUACAACCGAGACAUGUCUCAUGGGAAUGUUAAUUCAGACCUCCAAUGGAGUGUUUUUUUACCAAAUGAGUUGGAUUUUAAUGUGUAUACCUUUUUCAGUCUCAGAGGGGCUGACUGUCUGUGUAACUGAUCACUUCCACAUGAAUGAUCCUCUGUGAUUUUUUAAAUAUUUUAUUUGUUCAGCAGUACAAACUGAACCCGUGUUUUCAUCUUGCAUGUCGUGAUUUUCAAUAAAACAGCAGUAAUGCAUUGAUGUCAUUUUUUUUCUCAAACUUUAUUAUGUUAUUACAAUAAUUUAAACCCCCAAACAGUAGUAUUUUAAUGGAAAACAAAAUUCAAGUAAGUAUUACAUCCACAAACAAAGACGGAAAAAUGUCGGUGAUUAUAAACAGUUCUGAAGGUCAUAAAUAGGAUUAGUGUAGUCUAGUUACUAUUGUGCCUUGGCCAAUGUUCACUUAAAGUGAGGGAUUAACCACAUUUAAAUCCUUUCUUAACUAUAAAUAAAGCUAUUUGUUUUCCUUCUUGCUCACCUACAUCAGUGACAUUCUCUUUAGUCAGCACUUUCUACUUUUUCACAAACCCUCUUUUCAUUGAUUUUGCAGUUUUCUCGAAAUACUCGUUCAUUUCAUGUUGUGAAUUUAAAAAUAACAAUACCAGUCAUUGAGUUUGUAUCUGAAAAAAAAAAAUAUAUAUAUAUAUAUAUAUAUAUAUUGGGAGGAACUCAUAUCUGGUUCAUUUCCAUUUCUGGUAAAUGUACAGUGUUCUUACUACUUGAAACUAGCCUUAAUUCAAUGAAAAGUCAGAAGGACUUCCUCUACAUCUCAAGUUAACAGAUUGAACAACAAGUUAAACCAACAAAGUGAAUGAACUUUCACAUCGGUUUUAAGGUAAAAGACAGCGUAAACGUUGAUUCACCAAAUCGGAAGACGGAGAAAGAACACUUUGAUAAACAAAUACUGAAAAUCACACAUCUAACAUGACACGAAGAUAAAAAAUGGAAGACAGAGUUGACCAUGUUCAUACUGACCAGUAGGAAGACGGUUAAUGCAUAAUGGGUUUUGUGUAAAUCAUCAACAGUCAUCACAGCUAUUCAUUCACAGUGCAUAUUUAGAUAUCAUUUAGAGGCACUUACUGGAGUAUCUUUAUAAUAUGUAAGUUUAACUGUGUAUUGUUUGAGUAUUCAUUUAUAGUCCAUUGAUAUUUAAUUAACACAUUAUAGUUGUUAAAAUCAAAACCAUUCAGAUUGUACACUAAGUCUUUACAUAUGUAUGGGAGGUCUCUCCCUGUCAGUUAUUGUUAUUACUGCUAAUAUUUGUGAAAUGAUAACAUGUUAAAUCAGUAUAUUAAAAAAAACAUUCAUACGGCGGGAUUUGAUAACGUUUCAAUAACACAUGAGACAAGUGUGUGUGAAGUAAUAACAGAGUAGGUAGCUAAUCAUAUUGUUUUUAUCAUUUGCAGAAAGCCCUAAAAGUUCAAAGGAAAGUUUGAUAUUUUGGG